GCUGCCCGGAGCCGGCCGCUCUCCGCCAUAGAGGAGCGAUGAAGGACGUGGAGAAGGAGAAGGAGAAGGAGAAGGAGAAGGAGAAGGAUGGAGCGGCUGGGAAAGCUGGAUCCAAGAAGUCGGACAAAGAUCAGAGUUGGAUCCCCAAGAUCAUUAAGAAGCGAGUGUGCACUACCUUUGUAGAAGACUCUUUCAGUAAUGGAGCGUUAUGCCAGUGUGGCGGUGUGCGGGAGACGCAUGGCUCUGUGGCUACAGGGGACUAUUUCGGAGCAGCCAUUGUCAGCCAGUGGGACAGCAGCCAACACUCCUCAGAAUAUCCCACCGAUGCUUUCGGAGAGCUGGAGUUCGCCGGUGCGGGACGCAGGCACAGUCAUUUCCUGCGGCUGUCGUGCGACACACCGCCUCAAAUCGUCUACACCCUGAUGACGGCUCACUGGGGCCUGCCCUCGCCCAACCUGGUGGUCUCGGUGGUGGGGGGCGAAGGGCGUGAGAAGGUCAAGACCUGGGUGAGGGACGUCUUGAGAAAUGGGCUGGUCAGGGCUGCACAGAGUACAGGGGCCUGGAUCUUGACUGGGGGUCUGCGGGAGGGCGUUGGCCGCUGUGUGGGUGAAGCGGUGAGAGACCACGGCGCUGCAGCCCCAGCUCUCUCCCAGAAUAAAGUUAUUGCUGUGGGGGUGGCACCCUGGGGCCUCGUGCACAACCGGCAGCAACUUGUCAAUGCACAGGGGAGUUUCCCAGCCCGGUACUACGUCCAGAACACAUCACGUGACUCCUGCUGCCUGGAUAACAACUACCAGGCUUUCCUCCUGGUGGAUGAUGGGAGCGUAGGCCGACGUGGCGGGGAGACUGCCUUUCGCGCCAACCUUGAGGACUACAUCUCCCAUCAGCGUACUGGCAUCUGGGGAAGUGGCAGUAUUGAAAUCCCGGUGCUGUGCAUGCUGAUCUCGGGAGAGGCCAACAUGCUGGAGAGAUUAGAUGUUUCUCUGAGGAAAUCCACGCCCUGGCUGGUUCUGGCUGGCUCUGGUCCGGCUGCAGACUUCAUUGGUGAGCUGCUGGCUGUUCUGUCCUCUGUUCCCCUCAGUCCAGCCUCUUCUAUAUCAGACGGGGAGACUCCUGAGGGGCCCAUAACAGAGCUCCGUGAGAGGGCCCUGGAUAAGAUCCGGAAACACUUCCCGGCUGAAACUGAUCCAGAGAAACUGGUGGACAGCGCUUUGAGUAUUUUCCAGAACAGAGAUUUAAUCACUGUCUUCCAUGGGGAACAGGAGGGACCUGAUGAUUUUGACACAGUACUUCUCAAAGCCCUUGUUAGAGCCAGUAAACGAGUGUCCACUGACGCCAGUGAGUAUACAGAGGAACUGAAGCUGGCUGUGGCCUGGAACCGAGUGGACAUUGCCAAGACUGAGCUUUUCAAUGGAGACAUACAGUGGAAGUAUGAUGACCUAGAGGACUCCAUGACAGAUGCACUGAUCAAUGACAAGCCCCAGUUUGUGCGCCUCUUUUGCGAGAAUGGUCUGAACAUUCUGGACUACCUGACAUACCGGCGCCUGGAGGACCUGUACCGCUCACUGUCCGACAGCACACUGGCCUAUAAUCUACUCCAGAGGCGCCUGAACGAGAGGCAGGGCCUGGCUGCCUCCAUGCCCCACUUGGAUGGAGCCAUGCCUGGAUCACUUCUUGACAGUCCCCAGAGCCCGAUUACUGGAUCCAGCUUAGCGAAGGAGCUGAGCCUGUAUGAGGUGUCUCGGCUGCUAUGGGACCUGUUGGGUGAUGUUUGUCAGCCUUUCUACUAUGGACCCUUGGGCCUCAGCCACAGCACCAGCACCAGGAGGGCUCUCAAGCAAGUGAAUAAGUUGCUGCUGGGGGACUGUCCUUACCGUGACCAGCGCUGCCUGUCACCUUGGGCCUCCCUGUUCAUCUGGGCUGUCUUGCAGAACCGCAGCGACAUGGCCGUUUACUUCUGGGAGAUGGCAGGCGAGUCGGUGCUGAGUGCCCUGAGUGGCUGUAAGAUGCUGAGGGAGCUGUCCAAGCUGGAGAGUGAGACUGAGACUAAGCUGUCCAUGAAAGAGCUGGCCCAAAGGUUCGAGAACCUGGCACAUGAUGUUUUCGGUGAGUGUUACCAGAGCAGUGAGAGUCGUUCCUUCACUCUCCUGAUAAGAAAGUCUCCUGUGUGGGGUGGUGCUACCUGCCUGCAGAUGGCCACUGCGGCCGAUGCUCGCGUGUUCUUCAGCCACGAUGGUGUUCAGUCUCUGCUGUCUCAAAUCUGGUGGGGCGACAUGGAUAGGAGUACUGAGGUCUGGAAACUGGUUCUCACCUUCUUCAUACCCCCCCUCGUCUACACAGACCUCAUCAACUUUAGGGAGCAGGAAGAGGAGGUGAAGUCUUUGGAGGUCCAUCAUGGCAGAGACACUGACAGUCUGGAUGGUAAUGAUGCCACUGUCUUCUCCCUCGCUGACAUUAUACACAAUGAGGAAGAUGCUGAAGAGUACAGUGCUCUAAAAGCCAAUCAAAAUGGCUCUUUUCCCUCCACGUCUAAGCACCCGUUUGUAGUGCUGCGGUGGCGGCAGUUCUGGUUCGCGCCUGUCACCUCGUUCCUCGGCAAUGUGCUGAUGUACUUCCUCUUCCUCUGCUUGUUUGCCUAUGUCCUGUUGGUGGACUUUAAACCCCCGCCCCCCGACGGCCCUGCCACUUUGGAGUUUGUGCUCUACUUCUGGGUUUUCACCUUAGUGUGUGAGGAGAUUCGGCAGACUUUCUUUGUAGGCAGCACCACGGUGCUCCAGAGAAUGAAGAACUACAUCCAAGAUGUGUGGAACAAGUGUGACCUGACAGCCAUUUCGCUUUUCUCUUUGGCCUUGUGCUGCAGAAUGUUCCCAUGGUCAUAUGAGUUUGGCCGAGCUGUGAUGGCUCUUGACUUCAUGGUCUUCACCCUGCGCCUCAUCCAUAUCUUUGCCAUCCACAAGCAACUAGGACCCAAGAUCAUUAUUGUUGGCAAAAUGAUGAAAGAUGUUUUCUUCUUCCUCUUCUUCUUGGCUGUGUGGCUUAUGGCUUAUGGUGUAGCCAAUCAGGCACUUCUCUACGCCUACGAUCCUCGUCCUGGCUGGAUAUUCCGCAGAGUGUUCUACAGACCUUACCUGCACAUAUUUGGACAAAUCCCCAUACAUGAAAUGGAUGCGGAUAAAUUGCAGGCGGUAGAGUGCACAAAUGACACCACAUUGAUAGAGGCUGGAGCUGAACCCUGUUUGAGUACCUAUGCCAACUGGCUGGUUGUCAUCCUCCUGGUCAUCUACUUGCUAGUCACCAACAUUCUGCUGGUCAACCUGCUCAUCGCCAUGUUCAGCUAUACCUUCUCCAAAGUGCAGGAGAACAGUGACACCCAUUGGAAGUUCCAGCGCUACAACCUGAUCGUGGAGUACCACUCUAGGCCCUGCCUAGCCCCACCUUUCCUCAUCAUUUCACACAUUCACCUCUUCUUCAAGAGAUUUGUCCGUGGCAUCCCCUCAGUCAAGAUCAAACAUUUUGUUCUGGAGCUGCGGGGCAGGAAGGCCAGCCGUCUCAACACAUGGGAGGCCAUCCAGAAGGAAAACUUUCUGUCAGCUCAGAAUAAACGACAGAGGGAGAGUGAUACAGCGCGACUCAAACGCACAUCUGUCAAGGUGGACAGUGUACUGAAGCAGAUGUCAGAGAUCCGUGACCAUGACCGAAGGCUGCGGGUGCUGGAGGCAGAGCUGGAAUAUUGCUGCGGUGCCCUCUCCUGGAUGGUGGACGCUCUGUCUCAGAGCAACUUGAUAAGGGCCAGCCGCCCCCCUCCACUCCUGAGAGAUCUGACUCCGCUUUCUCCAAGAUGACUCACUGAAAUCCUGGAAAACAGACAGACUCACUGACACACACACACACACACACACACACACACACUCACACACACAGUAUACAGAGUUUACUCAGGGUCAGACAGUAUCAAAGAGCAAUAGAUUAGUCCAAAUAAUUUCUAUUCUUUGUCUCUGAUGCUGUAAUCAUAUGCUAUUUUAACUGUAUUUUAAUUACUUUUGUUUAAAUUUUAUGUUAAAUGUAUCAAAUUUUCUUUUACAAUGUUUGACAUGUGUCUUUUUUGUUUACUCUUGCAUGUUAUUACAAUAUGCUUAGGAAAUUACAAAUUCAAUUGCAGUCAAUAAAAUGUCAACCUUGCGUGAAUCCCAUUGUGCUAUAAACUGCACCUUAGAGAAUGAGCAAUGUGUAAACAUUUUGUCUGCCCUAUUUCUAAGGAAGACAACUAUUUGUAUCUGCAAGCUCUUCUGUGCUCAAGAGAAUUUAUACUGUUAAUAAAUUCAUAAUAAACAGAAAUUGUUUGCCUAGCUGCAUUACCUUGUAUCUGUUUCAGACCUGGGCCAGAUACUUGUCAGAGAUUAUUUUGUAUACGUCACUAAGUCUGAAAAGGCCAAGUGCUAUCAAUCGACUGCUGUUUUGACCUUUAGUAUUAAAAUAGCUUU